GAUUACAAAACAAGUCUGCUAUAAAAAUGCUCUAAUGGAACUUGAUUUCUAAACACUGAUCGGUCUGUGCAGCGCUGCUUCAAGCCCAACACACCUGACAUUUGGAGAAGACAACUGAAGCAGACGGAGGAUUUGGAGAAUGAGUCAGCUGACAGAAAGGGAACAAGAGCAAAAUACAGAUGAAGGAAAAUCUGGCUCUGCGAAAGAUCUCUCUGAUGACAAAGAUAUGGAGUCGCCAUCUAAUGCCGGCAGCAGAUGUGAAGAUCAAACUGAACCAUGUUCUGGAGAUCUCUCCAAAUAUAUGCAAGAUGGAAAGGAAGACAUUGUGAAUAUUAAGGAAAUAAACGAAGAACAACGGAAAAUGAUCUCAGAGCUGGAAGAUAAAGUAAAUGAAGUAAUCAAAAAGCAAGAGAAAAGAAUCUCAGAGCUGGAAGAAAAAGUAAAUGAAAUAAUCGAAAAAAAAGAGAAAAGAAUCGCAGAGUUGGAAAAAGCUGAAUGUAAUCUAUGGCUUUACUGUCUACCAGAGCAAGAAGGAGAGGACGUCAGGAAGCGUGUGAUGGAUAUCCUCGGAGAUCUUGUACCGGAGGCUGCAGGUAACUUAACUCAUCAUAUUGGCAUCGUUCAACGCAUCGGAAGGAGAAGCCAAGACAGAGAUCGACCCGUCAUCAUCAAGUUUUCAGAUAAAUCAACCAAGGAGCUUCUGUGGAAUACUGCUAUUCGUUCUAAAGAUUUUUGUUCCAGUAAUUUAUGGUUCGGAGAAGAUCUAACAGCGAAAGACAAAAAAAAGCGGAACAAGCUUUGGCCUCAAGUUGAAGCUGCACGCAAAGAAGGGAAAACUGCAUAUUUUGUUGGUGCCAAAGCAAUAAUCAACGGCAAAGAAAUCAGUGAAUAGACUCUAAUUGAUGCUGAUGUAAGUUUAUUGACAUUAAAAAUGGAUGACAGCAUAUCCUUUCGAUUCCAUGGUAAAAUGCAACUAUAAGUUGAUCAAAAAAAAUGACUCUAGUACUCGUUAUGUUGAUUUGUGUAUGCUGGAUGGUGUUUUAUUUUUUAGGUUUAUGAUUUCUUUCUCUUACGUCCAGUUGAAGAAUGUCAUGUAUCAUCAUGUUAUUAUAUAGCCUACAGGUUAAUACCUUAAAUUGUAUUCUUUGGUGGGUGAAAAACA